AUCAUAUCUUGGUUCCCCCCUUCCUUCUCCCCUCUUUCUCCCCCAAUUUCCUCCCCAUUGGGCCCCAGCUGUCACCAUGAUAUCUCGAGCGGCGGCUCCCACGCCUUCCUCCCUCGCCAACCUUUCCUCCCGGUCUCUCCGAGUCCAGGGCCCGGCUGCCCGCUCCUUCGCGACCGUCCAGGACAACGCCCCCCCCGUCCGCGGUCAUGGCGGUCUGCAGGACCAGGACCGCAUUUUCACGAAUCUCUACAGCCACCAUGGCGCGGAUCUGAAGUCGGCUAUGAAGUACGGUGACUGGCACCGCACCAAGGACAUCGUGUUGAAGGGUCAUGACUGGCUCAUCUCCGAAAUCAAAGCCUCUGGUCUUCGUGGUCGUGGUGGUGCCGGUUUCCCCUCGGGAUUGAAAUACUCCUUCAUGAACUUCAAAGACUGGGACAAGGACCCCCGACCCCGAUACCUCGUCGUCAACGCCGAUGAGGGUGAGCCCGGAACCUGCAAGGACCGUGAGAUUAUGCGGAAAGACCCCCAGAAGCUCAUUGAGGGCUGUCUCGUUGUGGGCCGUGCCAUGAACGCCAACGCCGCCUACAUUUACAUCCGUGGUGAAUUCUACCACGAAGCGACCAUCCUCCAGCGGGCCAUCAACGAGGCCUACCAGGCCGGUCUGAUCGGCAAGAACGCCUGCGGCACCGGCUACGACUUCGACGUCUACAUCCACCGCGGUAUGGGUGCCUACAUCUGUGGUGAGGAGACCUCCCUCAUCGAGUCCAUCGAGGGCAAGGCCGGCAAGCCUCGCUUGAAGCCCCCGUUCCCCGCCGCUGUCGGUCUGUUCGGCUGCCCUAGUACCGUCACCAACGUCGAGACCGUCGCCGUGACCCCCACCAUCAUGCGUCGUGGUCCUAGCUGGUUCUCCUCGUUCGGUCGUGAGCGUAACGCGGGUACCAAGCUCUUCUGUAUCUCCGGUCACGUCAACAACCCCGUCACCGUCGAGGAGGAGAUGUCCAUCCCUCUGCGCGAGCUCAUCGACCGCCACUGCGGUGGUGUCCGCGGCGGCUGGGACAACCUCCAGGCUAUCAUCCCCGGUGGAUCCUCGACCCCGGUCAUCCCCAAGUCCGUCGCCGACGACCAGCUCAUGGACUUCGACGCCCUGAAGGACUCCCAGACCGGUCUGGGAACCGCCGCCAUCAUCGUCAUGGACAAGUCGACCGACAUCGUGCGCGCUAUCUCGCGUCUGUCCACCUUCUACAAGCACGAGUCUUGCGGUCAGUGCACCCCCUGCCGUGAGGGCAGCAAGUGGACCAUGCAGAUGAUGCAGCGUCUGGAGACCGGUCAGGCCCGCGAGCGUGAGAUCGACAUGCUCCAGGAGCUCACCAAGCAGGUUGAGGGUCACACCAUCUGCGCUCUGGGUGAGGCCUUCGCCUGGCCCAUCCAGGGUUUGAUCCGUCACUUCCGUCCCGAACUGGAGGCUCGCAUCAAGGAAUACCAGCAGGAGCUUGGUGGCCAAUCUCCCUACGCCGGUGGCUGGCACCCUAACAGCCGGGCGGAGGGUAAGCUGAUCUCCCCUGGCAUGUAAAAAACAGAAACAGAAAAAGAAAGAACAAAAAAAUAUCUUCUGUCUUAUUCACAUCUACCAUCUCCUUUUCGUCUUUCGAUUGACUUAAUGGACAUCGACAAAGAAACGGGAAGGGCCCAAACAAUAACAAUGAGAAGAAGAUUCAAACAAAAAGGAUAUAAUAACAUCUCUGUUUAUUAUGUUUCUCUUAGAUAAAGAUGUGUUUGUGUGAUUUGGUUCAGCAGGAGUGUCUUUUUUUUCUUUUCUCUUUUGUCUUUUUUUGUUUCUCCUAACCUCACCUUCCUCUCUUCCUCCUUUCUACCUCUUGUUUCCUUUUUAUAAUGUUCAGUUUAUCAUGUACAGUUCCCUGGUAGCAGCAAUUCCACAUUUCUUUUUCUUUUGUUCUUUUCUUU